CCUUAGAGCAAUGAGUAGACAAGCUUAGGGAGCAGCUGCAUUGUCAUAUUUGUAUACUUGUUUAUGUCGCGCUUCGUUGAGGAAAGCCAAGGAUGUGUGUGGAUUUAUUUCCUUAUUGCAGGUUUGGGCUUGGGAGCGAAUUAUACCGAUGCAGCCACCACCCGGGGCCCUUCAGCCACACACGGCUUUUGCACGAAAGUGGACUCAUCGUAAAGCUCGCGAAAAUGAGGCACGUGUUGUGCUACCCAUAUGUAGGGAUGUAUUGGAUAACCUAACAGAUGGUCAGUUCGUGUGGCAGCCUUAUUCAGAGGCCAUCAUUAAUGGACUCCCUGAGUGGUGUCGGCGUGGUCGAGUUAUUUGGAUGGCGCAGGUUCCCCUUAUUUGUGGGAUCUAUCGAGAGUGGCACAUGGUAGACCACGUUCUCAGACAGUUCGGUAGGAAGCAACAUAUUCCGGGACCAUGUGCUGAGAUUGAUCCUUUUCAUUACAAACGUGACAAGCGGUAUGCUAUAACAGUGGAGGAUCAACAAAAUUUUACACAAAUGGACUUUUUGUGGGAAAAUCGUCGACAAAGGGUAAUUCUGGCCGAGUAUGAAACUCAAGACCUAGAGUCAUUAUCAGAGUAUUUUUGUUGGUAUCGACGUCACUCGCGCACUUUCAUAGGAAAUCCUGCGCAUAAUGUGGAUAGAGGAUACCAACACAUGGCAGGCAGGCAUGAGGCACUGGCUUUAGGACAUCAAGAAUCGUACAGGUUGGCUCAGCAGACUAUCCAAGAUCCAACCAAGUCUAAUGAAGUGAAGGAAAUAGCAGAGAUGUUUAGCCACAUUAAUACAGAGUCCAUGGUUGCUGCCUCUCUGGGGACGAUGUUGAGUUUCGCUCCCAAUUAUACACCACCGGCAGAGUAUGUUGAGCCGCCUACUGUGCAAGUACCUCGUCAUCAACGUCCUAAUGUACCAAGACCUGCGGCGCAUGGUAAUGGACGCCAAUCAGGUAACAGACAAGGUCGAGGUCCCGUGGAUCACCAGUUGGUUGAUGAGGAAGAGGUUCGUUUUGAUCAAGAUAUGUCCAGCUCAACGAUGCCUGCAGCUGAUGAUGCAUAUUACCCAAUAAUAGAUUUUAUGUCCAGCUCAUCGACGUCUGCUCCCGAGGUCCAAUCACCAGCAAUAAUCAGAAGUGAGGGGCCUUUUCAGGCAUUCGCAUUGUCUGAGCCUAUUAGCCUCGCAGUUAUAGCCCAACAGUUUGAUGUUCAGACAAGCAGCUCUUAUGGGAUGACUGAGGGGCCUUUACCUGCAUUCACUGGACAGAGCUCUUCAAUUGGGAGGAGACUGAGUUUUAUCGACGUGAGUAUUCUAACCACUCAAAUAACUCAGCUCACACAAAUUGUGAGCAAUAUUGAUGUAGCUAAUGAUCACUCCGAUGAGUCAGAUAGUGAUAUCCCAUUAGAUCACACAGAAACAGACGAUGAUCACUCAUUUGAUGAUGAUGGUCAUUCUUAUGAAGACAUUACUACUCGAAGUGAUGGUAACGUUAGCUACCAUUCUAAUGCGAUUCCAUAUUUGAAUAACACAGAAGAAGGCCCGGAUGAUUUUGCCUUCAUGAGAGAUGACGGUCCAGUUCGAUCUGCACUUUGGGAUUGUAAAAAACCUGAAUUUAUCAGAUCAGGUUAGUAUGGUGGCAAUGAAUAUUCUUUUUAUUUGUUGGCCCAUUUUUAAGGGGUUGAUAAUUUUCCUUGUAUUAUGCAAUUAGGUAUGUUAUUUCAGAACAAGCACGAAAUUAAAGGCGCAGUGAGACAAUAUUGUCUCAAAGAAAAGAAAGAGUUCAUUUGUGAUUAGUUCAAAGGUAAAUUUUGGAGGGUUAUUUGCAAGCGUUAUAUGUUGGGAUGUGAGUGGAUGAUCCGUUUUAGAGAAAUUUCAAGUGGUAUGUGGAAGGCAGGCAAAGCGGUUCUCCACCACAGUUGUCUCACGGAUGAUUAUAGAAAGGAUCAUUCCAAUUUGAACAGUCACCUAAUUGCUACUACGUUGAUACCAUAUAUUAUGGUCGAUCCAUACAUCAGUAUUAAGUCAGUUCAGCAAAAAAUAAAAGGAUUGCAUACGUUUACUCCUAAUUAUAGAAAAGCACAAAAGGGGUGUAAGAAAGCUAUUGAAAUGGUAUUUGGUGAUUUUGAAACCUCUUUCAAGACAUUUCCCCGAUACAUGGCUGCCUUAAAAUAUUUCAAUUCGGGGACCGUUGUUGAGUGGGAGCACCAAUCAACUACAAUGCAAGGUGAACACAUCUUCAAGUUUCUAUUCUGGGCUUAUAAACCAAGCAUCGAUGGAUUCAAAAGUUGCAGGUCUGUCAUCUCAAUAGACGGUACUCAUCUGUACAGUAAUUAUGAGAUAAAAAUGUUAAUUGUUGUUGGAAUUGAUGCGAACAAUAACAUUUUUCCACUUGCAUAUGCUAUUGUUGCACGUGAGAGCUUUGAGUCCUGGACGUGGUUCCUUGUGUUAUUGUGGAGACAUAUUGUUCGUGAGAGACAAGGAAUUGGACUUAUUUCUUACUGUCAUCAGGGCAUCUUGCAAUGUGUCCAAACACAUGAUUGGUUACAACCACCAUCCACACACCAUAGGUUUUGCGUUCGGCAUUUGAAAAGCAACUUCAAUAAAAAGUUCCUCAGCAGUGACCUUGAGAAGCUAAUGUGGUUGGCGGCUACAGAGCACCAGAAGAAGAAGUAUAAAAUGAGGAUGGAACAAAUCAAAACAAUGUCACCUCCAGCGCAUCUGUGGUUAAAAGCUCUUCCGGAGGAGAAAUGGACAUUGCAUAAGGACAACGGUCAUAGGUGGGUGGGUGGCUAUGACAACGAAUGUCUCCGAGUCUUACAACGGUUUAUUGAAGAAAGCUCGUGGAUUGCCCGUUACUGCCAUGGUCCGUUAUACGUUUAAAAAUCUUUUUGAUCGGUUUGUUGAGAGAAGCACCCUUGCUGAUUUGUUGAUUGCGGAUAAAAGGUUUUGGCCGCGCGCUGUUGAAAAGAAGUUUGAUGAAUACUGGGAGAGGUCCCUAAAGCAUACUGACAUGCAGCAAUACAAUGCAACUGAAGGGGUAUUUGAGAUUCUGACAUUUGCACACGAAGGUAAGGGCGGAAAUAUCCAUAAAGUCUCUGCCGAAAGGAAAAAGUGUUCGUGUGGGAAGUGGAGAAACUACCAUAUGCCAUGUUCACAUGCAAUUAAAUUUUGUGAUAUCCGCAGAAUUCAACCAAAGACCUAUGUUAACAAGUACUACAGUUGCAGGUUUUACAAGCAAACGUACAGUGAAAAUUUUUCACCGUUGGGUGAUGAGGCAUAUUGGCCACCUUCUCCCUUCAGUUUAAUUGCAAACACUGAAUAUGAGCGAACUUCAGGAGCGCGAACUACAACUAGAAGGACGAAUGAAAUGGAUAUAGCUCCUGCUCGCAUGGCUAGAAAGUGUAGUAUGUGCAAGCAAACAGGUCAUAACAAGAAUCGCUGCCCCGACAGAAAUCAGUAGUUGUUGUUGCUUGUUGGUUUUUAUGUUUUUUCUUAAGUUGUACGAUUGUUGUUUCCUUAUGUAAUCUUCCAAGAAUAUAUAACAUGUUUUGUGCCGUUUAA